UGGUGUAUGGGUACGUUCAGAUUGAGCUUUUGGCUGUGUAGCAAUCAACGGAUAUGAACAACAAUCUCAAACGUCAAUAAAGUGACCGCAUCAUGAUGGCAACAGGCACUGGACAGACGGCAGGAAUUUGGGAGCUGGCCGGUGAGCUCGGGUCGAGUUGGAAAGCAAUCGCAAGGAGUCUUGGUUUUACUGAGCCGCAAAUUGAGAACCUACUCGAGGAUGUACCAAAUGGCUCCCAUGAGAGGUGUUACAAGAUGCUCCUGCAGUGGCAGAAGAAAACACACCAAUACGAAAGGAAGGAACAGCUACGGCAGGCACUCGAGACGGCAGGCCGUCUGGAUUUGAUUCGAUUGGGGGCGAGAGCAGAAGGCUGGAGUGAAGAACUUAACAGAGACGAGUUUGUCAAGAAGUUGAAGAUAUUUGUAAGGAAUAAGAUGAGCAAACUCCCUUUGAUUCCAUGGGUUCCAAAAGGAUGUGUCUACGUAGAUCAGGUCUUCACCAACGUUGUGCUCCUCAUCGAGUUUCCCGCUGCCUACCAGCCGAUCAUAAGUCCCUUGGAGUCAUACAAUUCCAUCUUUGACUUGUUGAUAGACGAAAACCUGGGUCUUAUCAACCUGUCCCCAACGCGAGUUCUUCUCCUUGGCCGUACGGGCAGCGGGAAAACAACCCUUUUGACCAAGUAUGCUUUUGAUUGGUGCAUGGGGAAGCAAGGCUCACUACUAGCCGAUACGCCAGUCGUCAUUGUGCUUCCAAUGCGGAAACUUGAUCAGCACAGUAACUUAGGACAAGCUGUUAUAGACCACAUACUACCGUCUGAAACACGAUUCACUGCUAGUGCCAUUGAGAGAUUCUGCGAAGACAACCCCGAUGAUGUGGUGAUCCUCCUGGAUGGCUACGAUGAAUUCAGAGGGAAGGGACUCAAGCAUGAGAAUUGUGGCAAUAUUGUGAAAAUGCUGAGGAAUGAAUGUUUCAGUUCUUGCCGUGUGGUGGUAACCAGCCGGCCCGGACGAGCUGGGGAUUUCCAGAAUGAGUACGAAAACUAUCGCCACAUAGAGAUCACUGGUUUCUCACCCAAGGACAUUGACGAAUACGUUUAUAAGACAUUCCGAGGACCACAAAAGCCUCUUGGAGAUAAGCUCUUGAUGUACCUUGAAGAAAAUCAUCUGAAAAAUGAGCUGGCCUCCCUACCACUUAUGCUCACUGCAUUCUGUCAACUGACAAAAUGGACAGAUGGAAAGGAUUUUGGAGAAUUGAACACCAUCAGUAAGUUAUACGACCGAUUGGUAGAAAGUGUGUUCGCGCAUUAUAAGAGUAAACCAGGUCAACAGAUGACAUCGACAGUUGAUGCCAUCACUCUACAAGAAUUGUUCCUUGAGCUCGGGAAGGUUGCCCUUGAGGGCUUUCUCGGCGGUCAUGAGGAAGAGAUAAUCUUCUCAGAAAGUGACUUCUCAAGUUCCAAUGGUCCACAGAUCAUCGAGCAAGGACUUCGUGUAGGUUUCCUCUACAGAGAUGAGGUCUCAAGUUUUCUACCACAUAGCUACCAGGAACUUACGGAAUCGCUCACGCUUCCACCACACAGAAACAUUUCAUUCGUCUUGAAGAGCUUUCAAGAAAAAUUUGCCGGAAAGCAUCUGGCGUACCUAUGUGACCGCGACGAGAGAAGUUGCCAAUUGUUUGCUGACUACUUAAAGAAAGUUGACAACCAUCAGCGAGUUCUGGACUUGGCCAACAUUUUGGUUUUCGCCAGUGCAGCUAGCCAGAAGGCCGCCCGCUUCAUUAUGGUUCAUGUCACGGAUAUAUUUCAAGUCCAGCAAGGCGAAAACAUCAAGCAGUAUCUUGAAGGGAAGCUCCACUACAAAGAAUGUCAGAAGGUCCAGCGUUUGAUUGAAUUUUGUCUUCAACUUAACUUUGAAGGUCGUAGUAACGGUGCAUUUAACGAUAUUUUGAAUUGUCUGUUUGGUGAAAUCUGUCAUAUUCGUUUGGUGGAAAUACCAAACUACAUAGCUAAGACUCUUGGCUACUUGUUUUUGCAUAGUUUCCAAAAGAAGACAUCUGAUGAAGUUACAGGAAGUGAUGCCAGCUGGCCGGGUGAAGUGGAGACUGUCUUAUCGGUCAGAAGUGUCGACUUAAGUUUCGUAAGGUUAGAGUCGAGCACAGAGUUCCGGGAGUUCCUGAAUUGUUACCCCGGUGCAGAAGAGCUCAUGAGCAGGUCUUUGUUUGACAGCAUCGACUCACAGAGAAGAAACGUCAUGAAACCCCAGGAAAUCAGUCAGCUGCUCCAGUCUAUCGGGGAUGAAAGGCCAGGUUAUUUCAGAGAUCGGCCGGACUUGACUUAUUUCUCAGUCCUUCCUAUCUGUCAGGAAGUACGACGGCGUCAGGUUGAUAACUUCAAUUUGGGCUUCAUUCUUCCUGCCUUGAAGGAAUGUAUACUGCAGGAGUUGGUGCUGAAUGGUGUGAAGUCAGAAGACUGCCACUGGUCUGAACUGUUUAGAAUGUUGAAGGAAGGUUUAUUCCGUGAAAUAACGAAGCUUACACUUUGCUUAAACGGUUUGACAUCAUGCCAAACCGCUAGCUUGGCAUCUUCUCUGGAGUCAACACCAAAGUUGAAGUACUUGAAAGUGUCCGGGAACGAAGUUGGAGAAGACUUUGUUGAAAUGCUUCCACCGUUAACUGAUGUUGAAAACAUCAUCUUAGACAAGGCAGAGAUGUCAUCUGGUGCGAUUGUAAAGAUCUUCGAAAAAGUAAAGACGUACCCCUGCCUCACCAAAUUGGAUCUGCGUAGAAACAAACAGAUGAAUGAAACAGUCGUGGACUCAGUGUGUAAACUCCUUGACGAGAAACGCAACUGGACAGAGUUUAGGGUCUCUCUGUAUGAUGUCAGUGCAGCAAGCCUGGUUCUUCUCAAGAACAAGCUAGCUCUUUGUCGUGGACUUACUCACGUGUACCUCGUACAUUCUCCAGUACCAGACACAGUGAUAAGCUGCACAGCGUCUAUCCUUUCUGACUUGCCUAACCUGGUGGACCUUCGUAUGUCAGGAGUUAUUCCAUCAGCAUCUGUAUGUUCGUCGGAGACGGUUAAGCAUUUCUCGCAAGAACUGCGUAAGGCACACAGACUUGAAUUCUUGAGCAUCCUCUACGUGAAGAUGACCGCGCUAGACUUCAUCAGCAUGCUCAACGCCUGUAGAGAUGUCAACUCAUUGAAAGUUUUCAGGUAUUCCAGUUCCUGUUUACCCCAAGGUGACGACAUUGACCGAGAAUGUAGAAAGGCGAAGGAGAAAUUUAUGCAACUCUGGAUGUAGACUUCAUCUUGCUAUUCCGGUUUAUAUCUUAAAUAAGACUCCAUGGUUCGAGCUUAUUUUUAUGAAACAUAACUUUUGGGCUUAUUGACCGCAUUGGCCGCCAUUCCUGAGGUUAGAAAAUGAAACCCAUUGCAUCAUGACACAUUGAGUGCGGCUAUGUGAGCAACCCUUGCCAUGAUUUUUAUUUUCAAAUCGGACAUAAAGUUAAUGCGCUCACUCCUGAAAUACUACUGACGCCUGUGCGUUUUACGCCAAAAAUGUCGUAGCCCAUGAUUAUUGUUACGAUACUUGUAAAAUCUUACCUGUUUCAGGUAGGACUCUUCGACCCCACUUACAAGAUAAAUUAAACUAUACACUUUACGCUGCCUUUAGUGUGCUGAACGGUAAUUUUGAUAUUUUUCUUACCUUUCGAGAAUUUCACUAAAAUUCUAGCAAAAAUUUUGCCUUAGCCACCUUCAUUUUUGCUUUGAGAGAACAUGCCGCGGAUUUUCACCUGAUUAACUUCAUUUUACUAUAUGUAUAAAUAAUUAUUUUUGUUAAAGUAUAUUUGGAAACUGUUGGCCAAAAUGCUGUAUACAGUUGUAUUAAUCUGAAAACGCAUCGCCUUUGCCUGUAGUUGCAAAUUGUUUUUCACACUGAAAUACUAGCCAUUAAUUUGAGGUUUUUCAGGUUUUUAUGCAGAAGAACAUUAUACUUAAUGCGUAUGUAAAUAUAAGCGUUUGGAUAACUCUAUAAAUUUAAUGUCAAUACAAACUUUGGCGUUGUAAUAUUUAAGUAGGCCUAAUAGGCCUACACACAUCAGCUUUGGAUACUAACAUAAUGCAUUUCAGAUUUUCGGCAACAUCUCAAAACCGCUAUAUCCACCUUUUGAAAUAAAAUUGUCACACGGUUAGUUUAAACAUCAUGCAGGCCAUUAACUAUUUUUUGCAGGUUAAUUUUACGGUAAAUUUCUACGACCAUAGUAGGAUUUUAAAAAACAACAUUGGGUUUUAUCAAACGUACUGACAAUCCCUUUGGAAUCUUAAUUCAUAAAUACCUAAAGACAGUUUAUCCAUUCUAAAUGGUCGGGAGGGCAUCACGUGGGGGUGUUUGAACGGAUGAUAUAACACCAGUAAAAAGUGUUGAAACAUGGGCGUGACACGCAAGCUUGCACCCGUGCUUAUAUAAGACAGCUUCUUCAUUCCUAUUGGUCGAGAGCAACGGCUGGAACAGUUGCGCCACAUCACGCGAUACGCGCGACGCGCAUAGCAAUCUCCUUAUCAGGAGUUAGUUGUUUACCCGAGGGCCUUACCAUUUCAUAGCUGGAGGGGUGUUGUGUUGAAAGAAAUCAUUGAACAAUUAUAA